AUGCCAUCUCACAACAUAUGGAACCAGUGGAAACGUCUCGUGGUCAACCGCGAGACCCCGAAGAAGCUGAAGUACACUGCUUCGGACUUGUCUCCACUCAAUAUCAAGCUAGUCUCUACUAAGGAUAAGGACGCAGGUCGUACUUCCUGGUUUGAGCCUUGGGAUGGACUUGAUAAGCUCGCGUUAACGGAGCCUGAAUCACUCAAAAAGCUACCAACGCUUGAUCUAGAGGCGGAUCAAAGACUUGACGUACCCUCACGUCAAAGUCAACAUUACGAGGUUUGCUAUCAGCUAUGGUAUGCUAUUCAGGACCGCACUGAGAACUACGCGGACUUUGCCAAUCUUCCGCGUACACAUCCCGGAAUAUCGUUGAGCAUGAUUAGGCCCUGGUCAAAGAUUGAAGAGAAUGAUGAAUUCUAUGAAAUUGAUGAUAUUCGUGCACCUGGCUAUCCAUUUACCUGGGGGUGGCACCCGCUGAGUCUAGAUGAAUUCUGCGUUCGAGAUCGCGAGUUCCAGGAAACACCCUAUCCGCAUUUACAGAUGGCUAUUUUUAGCUUCGACUGCCCUGACGAUAGUAGCUUACUCGCAAGUGAGCUUUCCGCGUUAGUGCAAGUGAUUGGCAUUCGGUCCUCUCAGCCUACCUUCUUGGGAACUCCGAGCAUCGCUGUCUUGUUGAUCUCUAUUUUUGGCGCUCGUCAAGUACGCGUGAUACAAGCCUUCUAUUCCAAAAGAGAGUAUACAAAAGGGGAGAAACAGGGAGAGCCUGAACUCACUGUAAAGUUAGGAAAGACAAUAAAUCUCGCCAGCGAGAAUGAAACCGAGAUCGAGGAACGUAUGGACGAGAUAAUACGGUGGAUAGCUUGCAACAUAAGCUUCCUACAGACUGACGAACCGGUGAAUCCCGGAGGUGAUGGACUUGUUGAAGUCGUAAUUCGAUCUGCCAGUAUGGUUGAAGUGUAA